AUGAAUCCUGAGGUUGAUUUGUGUUGGUUCCAUGGAAAAUUGUCUCGCGAUGACGCAGAAGGACUUCUCAAAAAUGAGUUAAAUGAAAAUGGUACAUUCUUGGUAAGAGAAAGUAGCACAUCAAUUGGCGAUUACGUCUUGUCAGUGCUUUGGAAUCAACAGGUUCAUCACUAUCAAAUUCGUAAACACAAAGAGGAUGCAUUUUUUUGUAUAGAAGACACUGAACCACCAUUACAUGGAUUAGAGACACUUAUUGAGCAUUAUAAAAAUAAAAAAGAAGGCUCUGGUUUAAAUGUUAGCUUGACAAAAGGUUACAAAGGUGAACCACCACCUCCUGAUACUCGUAGACACGGGAGAACUAAUUUACUCCACCGUGCUACUGGUGAAGGAAACUACACUAUUGUUUCAGAAUUAUUAAAAUGUGGAUAUCGGAGUUUGGAUGCAAAAAAUGAAUUAGGUCAAACGGCUGUUCAUUUGGCAGCUAAAGAUGGGAUUGAUGAUAUAUUGAAAAAGCUAAUUGAAAGUAAAGCCAGUGUUAAUUGUCGUGAUUCUGCUGGUUAUACUCCAUUACAUUAUGCUUGUCAAAGUAAUUUACCAAACACCGUGAGAUUACUUAUACAAGGAGGCGCUAAUGUUCAAGCAAGAAACACAUCAACUGGAAUGGUACCGUUACAUGAGGCAGCAAAAGCUGGACACAUUGAAGUUAUUUUAGCAAUGUUGUCAAUGAAUGUUCCUGUACAUCCUCGUACUGUUGCUGAUGAUACUCCAGCGGAUCUUGCCAGACGCAAUGGUCAUUAUAAAUGUGUUGAAUUAUUAUGUAAUUACGAUACACCAGCAGCAAGAGAAAAAAAAUCUGACUGGUAUCAUGGGACAUUGAGCCGUCCUGAAGCUGUAAGUUUGCUUUAUGAAAAUGGUAAUAAAGAUGGAGCAUUUCUUGUAAGAUUUAGUGAUCGUUCUGUCGGAACUUAUGUUCUUACCGUAAUGUACCACAAUCAAGUAUUUCAUUAUCAAAUACAAAAAAAGGGUAAAUAUUUAUUUAUUGAUGAUGGCCCGUAUCUUGAUUCACUGGAGCACGUUGUAGAGCAUUAUAGAUGUAUGCCCGAUGGAUUACGUGGCCCGCUUGUUUAUCCUAUUCCUCCAAAACCGAGACCUCCGAUUCCCGAAAUGCCGCCUUCUAUUUUUUUUAAUCCAAAUACUUUGACAAAAAGAAAGGGUUCUGGUCCACGAAGUUUGCCCGUAAUACCAGCAACACCAGCAACACCUACAUCACAACUUGAAUCGUACUUUCAAAAUUUAUCUUUUCAAAUGGACAUUAAACCAGCUACUACCGAGAAUAUUCCUCAACAUUCUUCAGUAGAUACAACUAAUUUAAAUUCAAACCUUAAUUCCACUGCCUCUUAUAUUCAUGAUUUUAUUCCCGGUGAAAAUUUAAUUCUACGGCAGGUUCUCGGUGAAGGUGAAUUCGGAGAAGUUUACGAAGGAGAAUAUCAGACUUUAUCUGGCAAGACUGAAUCAGUGGCUAUAAAAACGUUGCGGGAUUCGCAUAAUAAUGUUACCAGAGAAGAAUUUCUUCGUGAGGCACGACUUAUGAUGAAUUUAAAUCAUCAUUGUAUUGUUAAAUUAAUAGGAUUUUCUGAGGGACCACCAAUGUUGAUGGUAUUAUAA